CCUAAAUUUAUGGUCAAAUUUGGGGUUUUUUAAAAUUAAAUCUAAUUUGUGAAAAUUGUUGUCAUAUGAGUGUCGCUAGUGAUUCAAGCUUCAAUUUGACUAUUUGAACUUUGAGUUUGGAUAUCACUAACACCUUCAAAAUUGCUUUGAUCUAUAUGAAACUCAAGAACCCUAGUUAACACCGUUAGAAUCUUUUUGACGGAAGGACUUAGAUCAGAAAAUAGAAAAGUUAAGUGACCUGAAAUACGGAAUCUUUAGUUCAGGGACCUAGACAAUAAAACGUCAAUAGUUCAAGGACCUAUAAAUUAAUUUGCCCUUUUUUUAUUUCGUAACCAAAAUCAUGUUAUACUGCAUACACAAGCAACCUGUCCAAAAUCUGUUCUCGUCCUCCGAAACCUAAAAACAAAAUCAUCUCCUACUGAGCGGCCGUGCAGGCUCUAAUUAAGCAAUCGCGUGCUUUUCUGUCCAUGUUAUUCAAACUCAACGUUCAUGCCGCCGGAAAUAUCGCCGUGGGACCGGAGCGAGUUUUUCCGGGAGAGAAAGAACGAGAGGCCGUGGAGCAGAGACGUAGGCGCCAGGUGGAGAGACAGAGAUAGAGGUAGAGAGAGAUAUGGAGAGAGAGAUGGAGAGAGAGAUAGAGACAGAGAGAGAGAUGGAGGGAGAGAUGGAGAGAGAGAUGUUCGUGUGUCUCGGGAUCGGCAUUGGCGAUUGAAUGAGUUUCGGAGACCUAAUGGUUAUGGUAAGCAGGGUUGGCAUACGUAUACUGAAGAUCUUGCUCUCAUGCUGGGACCUUCUAGGCCAAAUAAAAGGUUUUUUAAUGAUGGCAGAUGUCUGCAAAUUGAUAAAUAUGGGAGAGAUAGCAGCAGGGUCAUCAGUGGUGAGUCCUUUAGUCAGAGAGACCGGAGAGGACAUUAUUGGGAUUCUGCGCCUGGACGACGUUCAAAUGGCCAUGCCAGUAUGCCAGCUCAUGCGAUUGUGAAGAGCUCAGCUGAUGACAUGAUGGCCUAUAACUCUUAUCCUCAUUCAAAAAUUGGAAACAAUUGGGGUCAGUUCUACUUCAAAGAUCAGCAUUAUAAUAAUAGUGUAGCAAGUGGGCAAAACACCCGUAGAAGAUUCGGAAGAAAGAAUUCGGCUGGCUUGAAUGGCCGGAAGGCUCUUAAAUGGACCCGCUCUGGAAGCUUGCAUUCACAUGGCUGUGGUUUUAGUCAUUCAGGCAGUUCUGGAAGCGUGGGUUUAGAUUCUGGUAAGAUUAAAGCUACCUCAAAUUUUCAGAAUCCGUCACCCGUACAUUCCCUUUCGGGGAACUCUGCUACAUGUGCAUUUACUGCUCCUGAAGAAACAAAUUCACGUGGCGGUGGUAUUAGACAUUCAAGUAGUCCAAAAAGAUUGCAUUUAAAUUCCAGUGCUUGUGCAACUUCUGCUGGAGCUUUAGAAACAAAUUUAAGUGGCUGUGGUUAUAGCCACUCAAGUAUCCCUAAAAUCUGUGGUUCAGAUUCUGAUGAAAUUAAAGUUCCUGUGCAUUCUCAGAAUUCUACAUCUGGAAGUUCCUUUUCAGAAAAGGCCGUUUCUUGUGCAGCUUAUGCUCCUACUCAAGAAACAAAUUCACGGAAGAGGCCACGUAUUGGAUGGGGAAAGGGGCUUGCACAAUUUGAGAAGAUAAUCAAUGGGUCCACUGACACAGCAGAGAAUGAUGGAACGAUAGAAUCCCCACAUUCACAUUCUAAGAAUUGUACAGAGUCUGUACAUCCUCACAACUCAGUCAUGGCUCCUAGAUGCUCUAGAGUUCAAUGUUUCACGGAAUGCCGAUCUCCUGUCACGCACUCGCAUGCUUUCUGUUCAUCACCAGGUGAGGAUAACUUAUCUGUCAAAGCGCUUGAGGUUGACACUUCUAAUUUAUGCAGUCCUCCAGGUCAAGAAUAUAAAAAUAGAAGAGAUGAUUUUAAUUUGGAGAAUUUGGAAGUCACUGGACUUGCGACUUUAAGUUCUUCAAUUAGCGAAAUCCUUCAAUUCGAUAACCUACACUCCGCAGAAUCUGAUUGUAUGAGAUCCUGUGAAAUAAGCAAGUUGCUGGUAUUGAAAGAUGACAUUGCAAAGAAAGUGGAAAUAACUGAAUCUGAAAUUGAUUUACUUGAAAAUGAAUUGAGGACAUUGAUUUCUGCAAGUGGAAAUGCCAGUCCUUGUUCCACUUCCUCCAGCCUUCUGCCAGUAAAGUGCAUCUUGAAGCCUUCAGAAAAACUAUGUGCCACUUCUAAUUUAAAUGCCAGACCUGCUCCUCUGGGACAUAGUUGUUCCGAAGACAUGAUGCAGAUGCCACUUGGGGGCUUGGAGGGGGAGCUGGCAGAAUCGAGAAACGUGGACAUUGAUAGUUUAGGCACUACGACAUCUCAGGUUGCUGAAUCCCUUUUAGCAGGGACGUUAUUUUCUGAGAAAACACAUAGAUAUGACGAAAGUACUUGGAAAGCGGAUGAAGACAGAGAAGGAAAGUCUAUUGUAUAUUCUGUCAAGGAGGAGAAUUCAGGUGCUAUAUUCACCAAACAAUUCGCAAGUAGGGGAUGUAUGCUUUCAGUUGACGUUAAGUUUCAGAAAGAACAUAUGUUUUAUGAUUUAUUAAUAGCUUCUAACCAAGAUUUUGCACGUAGAUCUGCUAAAGUAUUUAGUAAAUUAUUGCCAACAAACCUUUUGGGUGUUGACCAUUUGAGCUUCAAUGUUACUCCUUGCUGGAAAAAAAAAGCACUUGUCAGGGAAAACCUUGCACUGAGGAAGCGUUUCUUAAGGUUUAAGGAGAGAGUUUUAUCCCUCAAGUUCAUAGCACUGAAGCGCCUGUGGAAGGAAGAUUUGCUCCGCCUCUUUACUAGCAAGUCCUGUCCUAUGUCUCAGAAGAAGAUGGAUUUGAGCUCGCCAGUCGUGUACUGCAGUAAUCCAAAGGAGGGGUCCUCCAUUCGCGCUCGAUUCUCAUCUCGUGGCAGGAGUCUUAGUUUGGUCCCUACUGCAGACACUAUUAAUUUUGCAAGCAAACUGCUAGAAGAUUCCCGCAUAAAGGCUUACAGCAGUGCUCUGAAGAUGCCUUCUUUAAUACUGGAUGAUAAGGAAAAAAAAGCUUCAAGGUUCAUCUCAAGUAAUAGAUUAGUGGAAGACCCCUCUACUGCUGAGAAGGAAAGGGGUAUGUUUACCCCUUGGACAUCAAAAGAAAAGGAAAUUUUCCUGAAUAGAUUAACUACCUUUGGGAAAGACUUCAGAAAAAUUGCGUCUUUUCUUGAACGCAAGACAACUGCUGACUGUAUCGAGUUUUACUACAAGAACCAAAAAUCAGAUUGUUUCCGGGGAACAAAGAAAAAGACAGAAUUUCCGGAGCAGGGAAAAUACUGUUCAACCUUCUUGGUUACUGCUGGUAAACGACGGGCUAGCAUCAGUAGUAAAGCUUCUCUUGACAUGUUAGGUGCAGCCUCAUUAAUUGUACAUCAUGUCAAUGACAAGUUAACUGACCAGCAGAAAUGUCCAAGAAACGUCUUUGGCAAGUGUACUCCCAAAACAUGGAGUGAUCAUGAAAUUUGUAAGAAGUCAAGUAGUCCUUCCAUUUUGGGCAAUGAAAAAGAUUGUGUAGCAGCUGAUUUGUUGGCUGGUAUAUGUGAUUCCUUUUUAUCUAAAACUAUGACUUCUUGCAUUACAAGUUCUAUGGACUUUGGAGAGAAAUACCAAGAGAGGAAGAGCUUACAAUUGGGUUCUUCAGUAAAACGACAAUUGACAUCUGAGAGCACUAAUAAUGCUAAUGAGGCAUGUUCGGAUGAGAGCUUUGGUGAAAUAGAUUCUACCAAUUGGACUGAUGAGGAGAAGUCUGUCUUCAUUCAGGCUGUCAUGUCCUAUGGUAAGGACUUUAAAAAGAUUUCACAGUAUGUUAGAUCGAGGUCUAGUGAUCAGUGCAAGGUUUUCUUUAGCAAAGCCAGGAAGUGCCUUAGGCUUGAUACAGUGAUGCAUUCUAACCAGCAUAUACCAGCAAGUGAUGAUGCUAAAGGUGGUGGUGGUAGUGACAAUGGUAAUGCUUGUGCUGUGGAGACUAUUUGCAAUGGCAAAUCAGGAUCUAGGAUAGCUGAAGACCAACUUUCGUCCAAUUUCAAGGAAUUUUUUUUUGGAAGUCAGCCUGCUAGGACUACAAAGAUGCAACCUGACUAUGAACACUUAGAACAAAAGCAGAUAAAAAAAGUUGGAAGAUGA